CGCACACAAGAACACAAGAGCGCGGAGAUGGAGGGGAUGGGCCAAACAACGAUGAUGCUGGAGGAGGACAACACCAGCACAGCUGAUCAGCGACCACAACAACAAGAAGAACAAGAGGAAGCCAUGCAGCAAGCCAUGGAUGCGCUGUGGACAGGGCUGCAGCACAGGGUUGCCGCAUCGCGCCGGCGUCGCCAGCAAGGCAUCGACUGGCAUCAAGCGGUGGUGGAACAAGGGCGCCACGUUCUUGCUGCUGCGCAAGCAUGCAAAAGCCUGACUGCCCCAGUACCUCUGCAACAAGAACACGUGCAGUUGCUGCUCUCGAUCUUGACCAAGAUGCAACCGCAAGGUGCCCCGUCGAGCCAAGCGCCUGCGAUUGCGAUUGCGAUUGCAAAGAUGCUGGUGCGCCAUGUGGAGCGGCCGUCCAGCAACCGCCUGCACUCGUGCCUGGCAGACACACAAUCAGCACAAGGGCUGGUGGCAUGCGCAGCGUUUGCGUCGCUGCAUCAGCUGUGCCGUGAUGUGCUGUCCGCUGCCAGCAUGCAGGAUGCAGACCAAGGGAGGCUGCUGUACUUGUGCCUUCGUCUUCGCAUCCUCUGCAACCUCGCCUGCUUGCAUCAGGACGUCCACACGGACUUUUGCGAGCGGGAUCUCGGGCGCGUGCUAGCGCUGCUGCUGCGCCUCGCAUCAUCUCGACAUCAACAUCUCGUGUUUGAGCCGCUGCGGGCCAUCAACCAGGCAGUCAUUGCGUGCAACUCCGUAUCACUCAGUCGGAGACUGCGUACACUCCGCUAUGCGUUCAUCCACACGCAACUCUUUGUCAAAUGUGCUUCACAACGCGACUACACAGCGGCGCUGGCCGCCAUCAAGCGGGAUCUGCGUGCAGUGGAGAAGGAGGCCGUGUCCGCACUGCUCUUCUGCUACGAGUCAUUUCCCUCCAAUUCCAUCCGAGCCAUGCUGCCCAUCGCGCCACGCAUCCUCGCCGCCACCGCCGCAACCCGCUCUGCAACCAACGCGUCUCCAUCAACAACAGCACCAACAGCAACAACAGUUGGCAGUUCCGCACUGGCAAUGACACGUGCAACCGCCAGGCCGACAGCAGCUGCUGCGCUGAUGGCAAAGCACAGCUCCCACCUCUCCCUGCGCAAGCCGCAACACACGUCCUCCACAUCGUCGGCUGCCUCAAUCGCCGCUGUCACCGCACCCGUGUCGCCGUCACAUCGGCGCGUUUCAACGAGCGGCAGCACAUACACGACGUCACCGCUCUCCUCUCCAUCACGCACCAACCACCACCACCACCACCAGCACCACCAACAGCAGCAGCAGCAGCACCACCACCACCACCAGCAGCAAUCGCAUGGGCAACCGUCGUUUCAGGCAGCGGCACGCACAGCGUUCGCCUUUCCUGAUCAGGAAAGCGACAGUGGGGCUGCUGAUGACACUGAUGCAGAUGAGGAGUGGAAUGCGCGGGUGAAACGCACGCGUGCGGAAGAUUUGGCGCGCGUCAUGACGCAACACACAGCGUUUAGGUUUCUCACGUCCUUGUUUCACGCGUCCAUCUUCAUGGAGGGCCGGAGGUCCACACCAACAGCAACAGCAGCAUCCCAAGUCGCACCAGCCCCGCUCCUCACUUUCGCAGCCGAGAUUAUCACCAUCAUUGCCCGCUGGUCGGUCAACACCGCGCUUCAAGUCAUCGCAACAAAUGUCAAGACUCUGCCAAAGCCGCAACAGCAGGCAGUGCUGACGCGGCUCCUGCUGAACCAACUCCACUCAUCGUCAUCGUCAUCAGCAUCAUCAGCGGUGUCGAAUGAGACGGCGGUGGCGAUGAUUGAGGCGCUCUCCCUCUCGCUUCACGUCUGCAUCCGCACCAAGAACGUCACCAUCACAGGCGACGUGGUUCGUCUGCAUGGGCAAGUGCUGCACGCGUGGCGAUUGUGGCAGCUGCCUGCCUUCCGCCCUCACCUCUCACGCUACGAAGCCGUCGUGCUGGAGGCCCUGAUGAUGCUCACGACGCACGAGAACGCAGCUGGCUCACGGACAACCACAACCACAACAGUGCCUGCAAGCACAGCGUCCGCGUCACCAACAACAACGCCGUCCCCACGAGAGACAACAGAGCAGCCGGCCACGCAAUCGACCUCAUCCACACCAUCGGCCACCAAUGCCAUCUCAUCAUCAUCAUCACCACCGCCGCCACCGUCGUCGUCAUCAUCGUCGUCGCAGUCACGCGUGACGCUGGCUUCGGCCGACACGUGUCGCCUGCUUCUGCUGCUGGAGCCGUGUCUAGCAGCGGACCGAGCACAGCGGGAAACAGCAUUACUGAGUCCCCGUCGCCUGCGCGCGCUGCUGAGCGUUGAUGAUGACGAUGUGCUUCGCCUGAUCAUCAUUCGCCUCGCUGACCUUGAUGAAAUGCGCGCCAUCGCCGCCCUCACCACCACCGCAGCCCACAUGCUGCAGCACAGUGAUGUGCUCAAUGCCUGCAAGCAGCGGAAAUCGCUGGAAAAGUGCAUUUCUGUGCUGGUGGCUCUCGUGCAAGGCCAACACACUGCCAGCCCUGUCUCCAAUCCCCCGCACGCUGGCAGCGUCAUGGCUGUUGCCGUGCAGGUGCUGCUGCUGUUGUUCCCACAGCAGGAACGCAACAGAUGCAGCGGUGGUCAGAACAGCAACAACGACAUUGGCAGCAACUUUGACAGCAGUCAUGUGAGCAGCGAUGGCAGAGAGUUUUGCGUGCUCCAGCAGCUGUGCUUGCACCUGCUCCGGUUGAGUGCGCUGCACGUGUGCACGUCGGCGUCGGACGCGCCAUCGUCUCCGCAUCCCCGCGCCGCCGUGUCCGCUGUUGUCGACGCCCUUGCCGUGCUCUUGUCCUGCGAUGCACGCGAGAUGACCUCCACUCCAUCGUCAUCUGCACCAUCAAUGGCCACGCCAACGGCGAUGCGUGUGCGCCCGUUGCAUGCAAGCACGCUACCGCGGGAUGUCAUUUUGGCCGUAUGUGCCAUUGUGGUGUCGCCAACUGCCCAACUGUCAGCGUCAUACGAGCAGCAGCAGACGCUGCUGGACAGAGCUAAGUGGCUGCAGCACAACAGCGCCAGCAUCAACCUCUCGUGGGAGGAAAGCAGUGACAAUGAACACGAUGACAAUGACAAUAUCGACGUGUCCUCGCUCACUGAGGGAGGAGCCGUUCUGCUCGUUUGUCUCCUGCACGCGUGUGCACCAUUGCUGCAAGCACACGCACGCAGCGCCGUCACCAUGGAUGCCAUCUCCAUGCUGCUGCGCGUGCUGGCUGCGGCCGUGCCCCUCCUGCACACAUGUGCACUUGUGCCACUUAUCGAAACCAUUGGCGAUACGCUGUGCUGCGAGUAUGCACCUGUGCUUGCGUGCCCGCGCCACCACUGCCACACCGCUGCGACCGCCCUUCUGUGCGCGUGUGUGCACGUCUCCGUCUCGCCGCGUGCUCUGCACUCGCUCCUGUCGCUCCUGGACAGCAGGUGGCCAACAGCCUCCAACAUCGACUGCCUGGAUGAAGUAGCCCACCAUCUUGUCCACGAACCACAGCACUUUCUCUCCUUCCCAGCACAAGCCUCCCACGGCAUGCGUGUCGCCCCCUCCACCCCAACGCGGCUGGCAUGCGAGGAUGGGCACACCCUCAUGGCGUGGGUGAAGCUCGGAUCCCGACCACCACCAAACACGCCGCCCACCACCAUCCUCGAGAUGACAGCCACAACCGACGCAAGCAACAGAGGCAGUGGCGUUGCAGGGACGCGUGUGCACGAUGGUGAUUGCUUCCACGUCUCAAUCGCUUUUGGUGCCGACGGACGGCUGAUGUAUCGGCUGAUGGUCAACAACAACGUCAUUGCUCAGGAGACGUUUGUUGAUGGGGCGGUAUCGCUGCACGAGUGGCAUCACAUUGCAGUGACACACGAGCGAAGCGAUGUCGUCGCCCUGUUUGUGGAUGGCUUUCUUGUGUCCACAGCAACAGUUGCAUAUCCACCGUUCCUGCCUCCGCCACGCCCCAACGCAGGUGCAGCUGCGAAUUCACGCGUCCGCACACCCCACCUGUCGCAGUUGUCCGUGCUUUCAAGCACUGCACAGCCCGAACACGCUCGCGACUCGGCUGCUGGAAGCAUGCGCAGCCGCGAUGCUGGCGAGGACACGGUGUCACAUCUCACUACAUCAGCGGCAUCAACAACAGCAGCCGCAUCAGCCACCACCUUCAGUGGCAGCAACAACAACAUCCCCGCAGGUCCAAUUGGGCAAGACACGCGCGCACAUGCGCCACUAUCGGCGCAGGUAUCACAGCUGUGCGUUGGACUGGCGUUUGUGCUCACUGCACCCAUCACGGCCGCGCAGGCACACGCCGUGUACAUGCAGGGACCAAACCACGUGUCGUUUGGCGCGUGCGAUGCAGCCCGCACGGAGGACGUGCUGGCGAGUGGCCACCACCUCAUCGCCACGUCGCUCAACCGCCUAUUGAAGCACCAUCGUGUCGCAUCCCUCCGCGCCCUUCAGGCCGUCAUGUGCGAACCUCCGAUGAUGGACGACCCAUUCGACACCACCCAAGGUGUGAAGACGUUGCGCGAGCUCGUGCCACGGAUUGCGUGCAUGCUCAAACCGUCAGAGGACUGUGCGUUCUUCAACCAGAGCAAUGUUCUCGUUAAGCAGACCAUCUCGGUAUCACCACAAUGGCGGUGGAUGACAAGAACGACGUUUGCCGCGUCAAAACAGGACGAAAACGUCACGUCCACGCAAGAAUCGACACAAUCACACACGCAGAAACAACAACAGCAACAACGAGCGCGUGGGAGCACCGUGACGACCACGACAACACUCUCGUCGUCGUCCUCAUCCACCGUCAUCACAGCACCGACCGCCGCCACGUUUGUGGGGGGUGGCGCUACAUGGGAUGUGUUGUCAAGGCUCCGCACCCUUCAUCAUCACCACAGCAGCAGCAACAACAUGCCCUCUGCAGCAGCAGCAGCAGCAGCAACGACGACGUCCAGAGGGGUGGCUGCUGCUCCAAUGACCAGUGCACCUGUGCGAGUGACGCGCUCUCAACUCACGGAUUCGCUCGUGCACAUUGGCGGUCUUCCGCUCCUCUUCUACGCACUCGGCGCCGCUGGCCCGUGUGAACGCACGCAGAGCAGUCUCGUUCGCACCAUCAUCAACGUGCAACAAAAGAACACGAUGCUGAGCAACGAGUUCAAAUCCCUUCGCGGCCUCCACUUGCUGGCGGAUUUCCUGCGCAGUCCGCGCGCAGUCAUCAGCGACGCAAUGCUCGAUGCCAUCGUGGGCGGUGCAAUGUGCAUGCAAUCACCAAUGCCGCUACACACGCGCACGUGCACCGCUUCCUCUUCUCCCUCUCCUCCUUCUGGUGGUGAUGGCAACACCGACAACGCCACGCCUGCGAGUGCGAGUGUCAACAUGCAAGAUGGCGACAGCAACGUUGACGACACGUGCGAAUGGCGCAGCGUCACGCACGUGGAACGAGGCAUUAUGGUGCAACCGUCCAUCAUCAAGCACUGCUUGCUUGAUUUCCGCAUUUGGAGGCGCGCGCGUGUGAGCACGUGGUGUCGCACGCUUGCCCUCUGCACCGCCUUUAUCUCCCCAUCGCACUGCAAAUUCCACACCCUGAACCUCCUCCAACUGAGGUCUGUGAAUGUGGUGGAGCGGUGUUUGAUGCGGUGGCAAGAAGACGACGACCUCCGCUGGCCGGGCGCUGUUGCUCUGCGCGCUGUUGCGUUUAUCAAUCACGCGCUCGCCGGCGCUGAGGAGACGGCCGAGGACCUGCGCUCCCUCAUGCAGUUCCUCAUCGCCACACACAAGUCCCGCCGCACGCAGGUGCGCACGCAAACGGUUGCGCUGUGCGGACGAAUGCGCCGGCGAAAGAGAAGAAAUCGCCGCAGUCGAUUCUCAUCCACGCCAGCAGCACCGAGUGGCACGACCACCGCCGCCGCCCCCUCCGCCUCCAUGACGUCUGCAGUUGGGAGCAAUACCGCCACGACCAGCAACAGCAGCACCCAUGCCAACGCUGGUGUGCGUACCGCAACCACACACGAGCUGGUGUCUGCCGCAUCCAUGCCUGUGCUCACACACGCAGACACACCUGAAAACACGCCACCGCAGUCACCAUCGUCCUCCACCACAUCAUCGACAGGCAAGGUGUCGUUGCACCACCACCGCCACAGCCGCCGCAGCAGCGACAGCCACAUGAGCAGCCUGCAGAUGCCAUCCCUCAUCGAGGUGUCCGAGCUGGGCGAUGACGAUGAUGACGAUGAUGACGAUGACGACUACGGUGAAGGUGACAUGGACGAUAUGAAGGUUGGUGAUGGCGGUUGCAAGGGCGACGAUGUGGUUGCGGUCACGAAGACCAUGGAUGCAGCCGAAGUCACAGCGCUUGCGCAACCCGACACGAUCGGAUUUGAUAUGGAGCGAGAUGUGGAUCGAGACAUCUCUCGUGUUGUCGAGCAGCAGGACGAUGGUGAUGACAGCGCCGAAUGGGGCGAGCCACCACGGCUUACGCCCGACGCGGAAGGUGGUGGCGGUGAUGCGCUAAGUGAUGCAGCAAGCAGCGUGUCUGCGUCCACUUCUGCCAGCGCGGGUGGCGUGCAGAUUGUUGUGCACGACGCUGCUGAGCGCCUGGCUGCGUCCCCGCUGCACACAGAGGCGGCAUACGCGCUGACUCGUGAGGACAGUAAUGGCAGUGACGCUGCUGGCACACACGCGCAGAGCGUGACUGAGAGCGAUGCGCUGUCGUCGUCGCUGCCGUCGGUGACGCAUGACACGCAUGCACACCCACACGAGCAGCACAGGCACGCUGUCUCCAGCGGCGAUAGUGCCGGUGUAUCACACCCACGCAGCCCGUCAACGUAUGGCGAAUGGGUUGCGCAGUUGGCAGCGGCACCCACCGCCCUCGCAUCGCCACGGCUGGGGUUGCUCGGUGUCCUGUACCGGCGCGUGCGUGCCCUUCUUAACGCAUCGCUACCGGAAGACAUGAUCCCGGCAGCAGCGGCAGCUGGCAGCAGCCGUGAUCUUGCUUCCAGUUCAACGCCAGACACCUCUGCCUCCACACCGCCCACCACAGGCACAAAUCCCACCACACCCACACCACUAGUGGCGGAGCAGCUUCCGCGUGACGCGGGCGAAUUUGUCCGGGAGUCAAUCAACGCCGUCCUGCGCCCACCCGUCCUGCUCGCUCUUGCCAACAGCACAUGUGCGGCGACGCGCCUUGCCGCUGUUCGCCUCAUAGCGCUUGCCGUGCACCACCGCCUGCCAAGCAUGCGCAGGCUUCUCCACCGCACCAGCAGCGCCAGCAUGAAUACCAAGAGCGGCAAUGACGACAAGGAGGGUGGCGUGCACUCACUGGACAGUGUAGACGGAAACGGCCUUGCCCUUUUGGCGCUUCAGCUGUCGUUGCACUCCAUCACCGAUGAGAUUGCAGCGGCGACGCUCGAUUUGUUUGCAGACGUGCCGGGCAACAAUGACCACAGCAUCGGCAGCAACCAUCCUGCUGCCGUGGUGCUGGCUGGAGACACCCAUGCUGACCGCGAACGUGCUGCAUUCAAUGCAGGCGUUCCUCAACACAACAGUGACGUAGGCUGGGGCGUGCGGGAGCUGGGCGAGGACAUCACGAACGCAAACACGUGGGUGCAGCAUGUUGCACACCUCAUGUCGACAGCAUCAAGCGCGCACGCGCACGCCUCGGGCCCCAGCACCACCACCACUGUCCACAACAGCAACAACUCCCACGGAAGCAAACUGAACGCCACGAGCCAAUCCUCUCCACGCCAUGGUCGCGGCGGCAACACGGGGGCGGCGUGUGUGGUGGCGACGGUGCUGGGCGCGUGUGACACACAGGAGCGAGUGGAGCGGUUUGCUGAUCGCCUUCGCCGCAUCAUCACGAGCAACCGUGAGUUGGCCGCAGCCUUGCUCAACGCCAACACUGUCCCUGUCGUCUGCGAUGUUUCGUCGCGCCUCGGGCCCGUGCCCUCGCUUCGCCGCCUGCUGUGCAGCGUUGUCUCCAACACGGUGUGCGUGGAUUUGCUCGCUGCUGGCGACAAGGCGAGCGUGGAGAACGCGUUGGCCGUGCUUGAGACGGUGCUGGGCUGCAUUGCAACCUCCCCCCUCAAGCAGGCCGCCCAGUGCACGUUGCAUCUUGCGGUCGUGUCGCAGGUUGUGGAUGACGUGUGUGCGCCGGCUUUUCUGCCGCGCGCCCGAUGGCUGUGCAGCCUGGGGGAGGAGGCGUGCCAUGCGCAGCUGCUGGUGCUGGCAAAGGUGUGGGACGCGGUGCUGGAGGUUCUCCUCUUCCACUUCAACCACAAAGCCCGCACGCCGCCCACAACCACUGCAGCAGACAGCACCGCUGCCUCAGACACGGCGUCAAUCCAGACAACAACGGGUCAUCCCCACGAUGCCCUCAACACCAGCCGGCACUCGAUGCACAGCGACGUCGCAGCCUACGCUGCCGCCACCACAGCUGCUGUGGAUGACGACGGGCACCACCAGGAAGCACUGCGCACGUUUGCGCUGAGCAAGAUUGCGCCUCUGAAGCUGCUGCUGCUGCGCGUGUUCGAAACAGACCUUGCUGCAAGCAGGAGUUUGUUUCUGCAGUCUGCAGGGCGCCUGGUCGCCUUCCUUCUCUUCCGCUCCCACGGGCUGGAGGUGCACGAGGCCGUCACCGCGCUGCUGGACAGCGCCCCCCUGCACUUCCUGCAGACCGUGGCUGAGGACGCGCCGGACAUUUGUGCGCAGAUUGCGUAUGGCGUGCAUCGCCUGCGACGCGUGUGGUUGCGCCACAUCAGCCACGCCACAACGGACCGUGCUGGCGCAAGCAGCAACAGCAACAACAACACCAACAACCCCACCACCACCAACAACAACAACAACGACAACAACACCGCCAACAUACAUGGUGGCGACGCUGAUGACACUUCGGCAGCAGGACACUACCUGUCCCACGAUGGUGGUGAUUAUCGCACGGAUGUUGGCAGCGAUGUGACGGUGGCCGUGCACGAUUUGCUGCGCAGCCGCGCCCGCCUGCAGCACGAGCAAGAGUACGACCACGAGUACGAUUUCGAGUUUGAUCCGCGUCCUCCCCGCGCUGCCAACAGCGGCGGCAGCAGCAGCAGCGGCGGCGGCGGCGGCGUUGCAGGGGAGGGCGAUGCCGGUCAGCACGCCGGGUCAUCAUCACACCGCAGCGACUUGGAGAGCGAGCGCGCGUCUGGCAUCGUGCACGUGGCGGACGGUGACUUGGAGCGAUUUUCUGCGUUGACGAGCACGCUCACAGGGGUGUGGAGAGCGCUGGUGCCGCUGAGCAGGCGGAGGUUUGCGCGGUACUUUGAUGCGGUGUCCGUGGACGCACCGCACGCUGUGACGUCCGUUGCCUGGCACUCGCCCGCGUUCGCCAACAAGCGGGUCGUGUGCAGGCUGAACGGGAUCAUGACCGAGCACGCCGGCGUGCACCGGCUGUACAUCCGCAAGGAGCACGCGCGACAGGAGAAGGCGAAGAACCAGUACCGCGCCAUCCUCAAGCGGGCAUCCGACUUUGAGGACAAGGCCAUCACGCUGCAGACUGCGGCGUCACGAAACGCCAUCCUCGACCUGCGGCGGCGACGGCAGCGGGCAGCGCAGGUGCGAGCUGUGUGGCGCCGGGUGGACGACACGUGCACCGUGCAGCCGUCACCCUGGUACCGCCCCCCACCACGUGCGCUGUGGAUGCUGGAUGCAACGGAGGACCCUACGCGGCGGCGGCCAAAACUGGCCCACUGCCCCUGGCUACCGGGAAACGCGUUCAGACAUGAUGACGACCCCGCAACUCGUGGCACUCGGAAUGCAAGUGGACAAGACGGGCCUGUUCGUGAUGGCAGUGUGAGCGACUUUUCACGCUAUGUCAGCGCAGUGCCGUGUCUUCGUGGCAGCGUGGCAGACCAACACGAACACACACGUGCACGCUGCUGCCUGUGCUGCUGCUGUCAUGAUGAGGGGGACGCGACGCCACAUGCAUCGAGCGCGGGCGCCAUGAUAGGUGGUGCAAUUGACGCCGCUGGACGAGCGAUUGCAGAGGUCAUGGAUGGUGCUGCGUUUGCUGUCGACGUGACUACUCUCUCGCAACACGCGGCGGCGGCGCUGGUUGUGGACCUCGUGCACAUUGCAGUCACGCGCAAGGGCGGCAGCGACAUGCUGAGCCACGCGAAUGCUGAUGCUGAUGCUAGACACGCUGCUCGUGGCGGUGCUCGUGACGACAACGAUGACGACGAGGGUGCAUACUCGCUGCAAUCGCUACUUGAUGUUGUGAAGGCGCGCGUUGAAGAUGCUGAGUUUGUUUCUGCUGUGUUGCGCAGCGCCGUGGCGUGGUUGGAAAGCGACAACCUCCCGCCCAUCGAAAACCAACAGCAGCAGGACGACACUGCUGGCGACAGCGCCGCUCACAAUCGCGGUGGCAGCAGCAACGAUGAUGACGGUGAUGGUGGCGAGCAAGGUGGUGGAGAGGCAACAGAGCAAGUGUCGUUGCUCGCAUAUCUCAUCUACGCGGGAACGCGCCGCGAUUAUGCCAGUGGUGGUGGUGGUGCUGAUGGUGACGGAGAGCACUCUGAUGCGCCAGCUGACAAUGAUGAGCGCACGCUGGCAGAAGGCGACAUGCUCACGGACGCAGUGAGGUGCACACUCGUGUCACCGUUUGCAUCGGCAGAGGGUGAGCUGUUGCUUGGACAGCGCAAUCUGUACUUCAAAGCGUCGUCACCUGCCAGUCCCGCUGCCGCCGCCAUGGCGAGCCUUGGCAGUCACGGUCACGGUAGCCCCGGUGACAACGCAGCAACAAGCGGUGGCCGCAGGAACCGUCGGCGACGGCGCCGCCACCCGCACCAGAACGUGAUGAUGAGCCUGACGCUGCUAGAAUCGCUCAAUGAGGACCCGUCCCUGCUGCCCUUCUGGCCGCUGUCGGGCCUGAUGGAUGUGCAGCCGCGCCGGUACAUGCUCAAGCACACGGCCAUUGAGGUCUUCUUCGCCGACGGGCGCACGGUCAUGUGCGACGUGCAUGUGCGGACGAAGCGGGACGCGCUGCUGGCCAAGUUGGCGCGCGUUGCUGCAGAGGCAAACAGCAUCCGCUACAGUGCAGGCGCAGUGUCAUCAGAUGACAAGGCGCGCAGGCCAGGCCGCAUCCAACGCAGCAACAGCGCCAACGCCCUGGUGGCAGGACGACGACAGGGGCGUGCGUUGCACGUGCACCAGCGGCCCCGCACAUUCACAUCCCCGUCAGACGCAGCACGGCACCACCAGCAGUCGCUGCAGGCAACGGGUGUGGAUGAGAACAAGUUGAUGGCGGGGCGCUCGCGGUCCCGCCCAUCGCUGCUGACGUCUCCACAGAGCAGCGAGGGAGGAGGGAACAAGGGCACGCGGCGCACCAGCUGGCACGUGGCAUUUCUGCGGCGGCUCAGCGGCAAGUUUGGUGCCGGCGACGCUGACGCUCACAGCGAUGACGACUUUGAUGAGUCGGACACCACCAGCCGGGUAUCGGCGGAUGCCGGCAGUGCGACAGGCAGCCUGUUUGGGCGGCGCAAGCUGAGCGACCAGGAGGACACCGUGGGCACGGCCACCUCGCUUGCAUCGUCAACGACAACAGAUGCGGGCGCGGUCAAUGCAGACGACGCGUGGACGCUGAGUGAUAAGGGCAACCCGUCCCUGCAUGAGUCGCGGAGCAAGGCGCGCAUUCGUCAGUUCUUCACGUCCGUGUCGACGGCGAUGCAAGGCCGCCCCGUUGUUGCACUUGGCAGCGCCGACGAGAUGAACGCCGUGCACACGCUCCUGCACCGGUGGCGGGAGGGCAGCAUCACCAACUUUGAGUACAUCAUGUCGCUCAACACGCUUGCUGGUCGCACCUUCAACGACCUUGGGCAGUACCCUGUGUUUCCCCACGUCAUUGCCGACUACGAAUCCUCGCACCUCGAUCUCACCCGCACAGAGACCUUCAGGGACCUCAGCAAACCCAUCGGCGCCUUGGACGAGCGGCGCGUGGAGAAGGUCAAGGACCAGUACCAGGACCAGAAGUUCGAAUACAACAUGCUGGAUGCGACGCAGUUCCCAUUCAUGCACGGAACACAUUACUCCUCUGCUGGCGCCGUCAUGUACUAUCUCUCGAGGCUUGAGCCGUUUUCGCAACUGGCCAAGGACCUGCAGGGCGGGCGGUUUGAUGUGGCUGACCGGCUGUUCAGCAGCGUGCAGCAGGCGUGGGCCAUCGCCUCCGGUCCCAGCGCGGAUGUCAAGGAGCUCAUCCCAGAGUUCUUCUACUUGCCCGAGUUUCUGGUGAAUGUCAACGGGUACGACAUGGGGACGCGGCAGAACACGGCGGACGUGGGCGACGUGGAGCUGCCGCCUUGGGCAAACAACAGCCCGCGCGUGUUUGUGCGCACGCUGGCAGCAGCCCUGGAGAGCGAGCACGUGAGCGCGCACCUGCACGAGUGGAUUGACCUUGUGUUUGGCUUCAAGCAGCAAGGCGAGGCGGCGGAGGCCGCGGUGAACGUGUUCCACCCCUUCUGCUACGAGGGCGAGCUUGUUGAGUCACGACUCGGGGACGCGGUGCAGCGCGACGCCGUCACGUCAUUCAUCCGCCACUUUGGGCAGACGCCGGCACAGCUCUUCUCCAAGCCGCACCCACCCCGGUUUGCCCAGGCCCUGACGCCCACCACACACCCGCUGCUGCAGCCGCCGCCCCAACAGCCGCGAGCACCAACAACGUCGACACAGACGCGCUCCACGUCAACCACGAGCCGCUCCACGGAGAGCACGUCAAGCGCGAGCACGCCCGCAGCAUCGUUGGUGUUUGCAUCAGGUUCGGCGGGUGGUGCUGGGUUGGGUGCGGUGCGAUGGCGCAUUGUGGAGAUGCCGGCGGACGCAGAGGCGCAGCGGCUGCUGAUCACAUUGCACCACAUGCAGCAGCAACAACAGCAGCAACAACCGGAGCAUGGACACGAGGGUAGGGGUGUGGACGGGAGUCGAGGGAUGAGGAAUGAGAAGCGCGGUGGCGCCGGUGCAGUGCUGCGAGCCAUGCUGGACCAGACACCAGCGCCCGUCGUGAGCGAAUGGGAUGCGAGCGGGGACACCAACUCCGAUGCAGGAGGUGUUGGUGGUGGCGGCAGCACCAACAGCAGUGUUGUGUGCGUCACGGAGAGCACGCGUGUGUUUCCGUCGCCCCACGACGCGAGCGCUGACCAGUCGCUCACAUACGGUCGCCAGCAACGCGCAAGCGGCAGCAUGUAUCCACACGUCGGAAGCAAGCCCAGCAGCACAAGCAACAGCAGCAACCGCGGCGGCAGUGCUGGCGAUGGUGAUGAUGAUGACGGUGGUGAUGGCCCACUGAGCGUGUGCAUUGACGCGCGGCGCGGGUUCUCGCUCAAGUGGAACUGCUGGGACGAUGCGCUGCUGCUGGUGAACGACGCGACGCAUGGCGUCGAGGCAACCCUCCCGCACAACUCGGGCGGCAGGAUGACAUGCAUGGGCGUGUGCCCGUCCCUGAGUUGUGCCGUUGCUGGGUACAGCAGCGGCGUGGUUCGCUUUGUUGGGUUUGACACGGCUGUGGCAGACGGGGGCGUGAUGGGCGCAUGGCGGAGGGCACCGCAACUGUGGCGCGUGAGCGACGCCCUUGCCCACGCCGGCGCAGUGACAAGCGUGGUGUGCAACAGCGCGCUCAGUUUUGCGGUGACGGCGAGCGAGGACUGCACGGCGCAGCUGUGGGACCUGAGCAAGAAGCGGCUCGUGCGAACGCUGGCGCACAGGGAGGCGGUGCGGCAUUGCGCAACGAGCGGGACCACUGGAGACGUGGUGACUGUCACAGCCGGCGCUGCGUGGCGCGUGCACCUAUGGUCUGUCAACGGGCAGUUUGUUGGCGAAUGGGCGCUGCCGGCUGGGGUGGCGGUGACGUGCGUGGCCAUGACGGCGUACCCAAUGGGCUGCACCUCCAACGCCGUGCUGGUCGGCCGCAGCGACGGCGCCGUCAGCAUCCUCAGCAUGCUCGACCUCAGCCAUGUGCGAGAUUUGUGGACGCAGCACGCAGCGAGCGUGACGAGGAUGAGACUCACAUCGCACUCCAUCAUCACCGACUUCGAAGAUGGCGCUGUUGUGCAGUGGUGGCGUGAGGCAUCGAAUCACUCGGAGCCAGACUCCUCAGAGGCGUGA